AUGGCCAGCGAGGUUUGGUAUGACAAGGACUACUCAUACGUUAAAGAACCCUGGAUCGGCUUCAGACAUGAAGGUGAUAAGAAAAGUGGUAUGCUCCUGAAAAAUGCAAAGUUGUACGUUGCUUUAAUCGAAGCCGAAACAGCUCUCCGUACAUCCGUCCAACGCGAGGAGUAUAUCAAGCAUUCUAUUCGAGCCUCAGAAGAGGGAUCGAGCGAACCCAGUCCUGUUCCUACCACCGAGAGGCAAAGAGAGCUCCUAAAGAUACAAGAAAAAUUACCCAUUCUCCAACAAACACUUUACGAGGCGGAAUGGGCUUUCCCUCACAGUAUCAGAACCAGGUAUCGUUCAGUCACAAAGGAUCCAAGCUGGUAUCUUAGAUCGGAGCUGGUCAAUUACUGCGUUAAGAAGGGUGGAUGUUGUAGUCGGGAAUGUGGGUGCUGCGAAAAGCGUCAAUUUUCCUCAGAGAGAAACUUUGGCGUUGGUCAUUGCACGUCUUAUUGUGCUUGUUGUGAUGUCGCUAGAGGAGGUGAGAUCACCGACGAGUGCAGGAAGUCUAUGGAGGAAUCCUUCACGCGCAUGCUUAAGAGUGACGAACCAGGGUUUCUGGGGUUGAUGUUACUGGCUUACUUUACAGUCCAGUUCAAGGUUAAGCCCAAAGUCGAAGAUAAAAAGGUUCAAGAUAAGGAAAGUGACACAAAAGAAAGCGAUGCAAAAGAAGCUUGCAUCAAAGUUGAGGCCAGAGAGCUGGAUGCUGAAAGUUCCAGAUCCGGCAAGAAGGCGGGCUCAAAGCGCAGUCCAUUCUCUAAGAUAUUCCAUUCCCGCAACAUUUGA